CCCCGAGCAUGACGUCAGCAGUAAAACCUGCUCCUCCUGGUGUCUGUCCGUCGGAAAGUGAAGUGUUUGGCGUGCUAGUGGUCUUCGAGUUCCUCUUUCUCUGUUGUCUGUCCGUCGUUCAGUGUUGUUGUCGCUAAAGUAACUUCAGCCGCGAGGUUUUUAUGUUAUAAAAUAUAGAGAAAAAAACAGCCCUGUAGCCGAUUUAUGGGACGUUUUAGAAAAGUUCCUGAAGUGCCUUUUUUUUGAGGAACCGGCGGGCGGUGGAUUGUCGCGGAGAUGGAUAAGCUAACCGAUAGCUAGCCGAGAAUCCAAGCUAGCAUGCUAACAGUGGGCUAAUCUAGCAUUCUAACGGAUAACUAAGUGACUUUGUGAAGCUGUCAGAACUAUCCACGGUCAUCUCUACGGCCUGACGUCUUCACAGCCCGUCACAGGCCAACCAAGCUAACCCAGGAAGAAGACUCGGUAUCUGAAGGGGGGGUAAAAAAAAAAAAAGGAGCUACAGAAGUUUUGUUUGAGAGGCGGCGUCGUUCGUCUCUCAGUCCCACACCGAGAGCAUGCUGUCCAACGCACAGAACCAGCCACUGUUUCCCAACCCGGCGGGCCAGCAGAAUCCUCCGGGCCAGUUUCUACCCUUUCACCCCAGACCUAGCUUACAGAUCAAGAAGAACGCCAUAACAGAUGAAUACAAGGUGACCAGCCAGGUGCUGGGACUGGGCAUCAAUGGCAAGGUGCUUGAAAUCUACCAGAAGAAGACUGGAGACAAGUAUGCUUUGAAGAUGCUGCAGGAUUGUCCCAAGGCCAGAAGGGAAGUGGAGCUCCACUGGAGGGCGUCACCUUGUGCCAACAUCGUGCGCAUCAUUGAAGUCUAUGAAAACCUCUAUCAGGGCAAAAAAUGUCUGCUUAUAGUCAUGGAGUGUAUGGAUGGUGGUGAGCUUUUUAGUCGAAUCCAGGACAGAGGGGACCAGGCCUUCACAGAGAGAGAGGCUUCGGACAUCAUGAAGAGCAUAGGAGAAGCAAUCCAGUUCUUGCAUGCUAUCAACAUUGCACACAGAGAUGUCAAGCCAGAGAAUUUACUGUAUUCAACUAAACGGCCCAGCGCACUGCUCAAACUCACAGACUUUGGCUUCGCCAAGGAGACAACUUCAAACAAGUCCUUAGCUACCCCCUGCUACACACCUUACUACGUUGCUCCGGAGGUUCUGGGCCCAGAGAAAUAUGACAAGUCAUGUGACAUGUGGUCUUUGGGCGUCAUCAUGUAUAUCCUGUUGUGUGGGUACCCUCCUUUUUAUUCCAACCAUGGUCUUGCCAUCUCUCCUGGAAUGAAGCGAAGGAUUAGGAUGGGCCAGUAUGAGUUUCCCAACCCUGAAUGGUCGGAUGUGUCUGAGGAAGCUAAACAACUGAUCAGGACCCUCCUCAAGACUGAGCCUACACAAAGGAUGACCAUCACAGAGUUCAUGAAUCAUCAAUGGAUCAAUCAAUCGAUGAAGGUUCCACAGACCCCACUUCACACCAGCCGAGUGCUCAAGGAAGAGAAGGAUGCAUGGGAGGAUGUUAAGGAGGAAAUGACCAGUGCCUUGGCAACAAUGAGGGUUGACUACGAGCAAAUCAAGAUCAAGACCAUUGAGGAUUCAUCCAAUCCCUUGCUUACGAAACGGAGGAAGAAAGCCAAUAACAGCAUGCCAGACCCCCAGUCUGCUGCCCACUGAAAGAUGCACGAAUGCAUGCACAUACAAACACAGGUUGUAAAAAGGAAGCAAUAAUUUGUUGACACGUGAGUCGCAUUGCAUGGAUUUUAUCAGUGUUUUAUUUUUCAUGGCAAAUCUAAUGUUUUGUAGGAGUGUUUUGUUUUUAUUACUCUACCAUUUUAACAAGCCCAACCCUUUGCUGUGGCAGAGAGGAUGUUUAUCUGGGUUUUUACACCAGUAAAGAGAUUAUAAAUCAUAGAGAAGAUCAGGUUGUGUACUGAGAGGGGCUCGAGUGUUGGAAUAGGACUUGAAGCCUUAGCAUUAGCCAUUAGCAGUAGCCACCCCACCCCCCCCACCCCCACACACACACACACACAUACACACACAUACAUGCAUACGUUCCUGUUCCAGCACUAGUCCCCAAUCUGUGAAUGUCGAACGGCUAAAUCCCAAAAACAAGAAGGCGAGGGAAGGCUUCUUUUACGUACCUGCAGAGUAAACAGAUGUAUUUUGAACUGACGAGUGGAAUGUAAGGACUCUGCCCCUGACUGUUGGCAUUAGCUGGACACUCGCUCAUUUGUGGGACAUGAGUCUUGUCAGGUUCAGUUUGUCUUGAUGAAUGUUGAAUAGAGGCCUAUGCACUCACACAAGGGCCGUGUGCCAUUCUGACAGAGCACCUCACUCUUGGCUCCUCUCUCCUUAAUCUAUCUACGCUUGUUUUUCAGAAAACGUAGUCUUAGGUCAGAGAAGGAUGCCAGGUGGAAGAACACAAACUGGCUCCACCUUUCUCCCGCAUGUAGCGCAAAGGAGAGUAGGAGCCAACUGAUACUGUAUUUUUUCAUGGAUUUUAUGAACUUAUUAGCAUAGGCCUUAAUGAGUGUUGCUAUAUCAGCAAAUUAUGUUUAACCCCUACCUACCUUUUGGUUCAGGCUAUCACCAAUGUUAUGCGUCAUAGUUUAUAACAUUGCCAGAUUAUAUUCCAGGUUAAUGCUAUGCAGAUGUGUUGGUCAGCAAGUGAAGUGUAAGUACUGCAAGGACCUUUUUUUUUGUUAGUGUGGAUUUCUGUUUGCUAAUAUGUUGGAGAGAUAUCAGGCAACAAUUUGGAGCGUUUGUGUAUCUUUAUGUAAGCCGUAGCACCCUUAGGGGAUACAUAUUUCAGACAGACUGGUCCAGCCCCUGCAGUCCCUCUGAAACAAUCAGUUGGAGUUACUGUCAGGGGGGACUAGUCUGGUUUAUUGCCAGUGCCACCGACACGUCUCCUUCACACUUUUUUUAAGGAUUCAUAGAAAGUACUUAAGAGCUGCUCCUGUCCUUGAAGCAGAUUCUGACAUAACACCAGCAAGCUGUCAUCACAUCUAGAAAGGGUGUGGUGGUUGUUUUCUUUUUAAUGUUCUGUUAACGACUGGGACACAGUUCAUCUCACUUGGGAUCAUGAGAAAUUAACAUGUUUUGUUUAGUCAGUUCAGUCCACUUCACUUUGUGAAAAUCACAUCCACAUUACCUGUCACAUCUCAACCAUUAAAAUAUGUCACUGUAAAAUGUUCAUCAAAUGUUUGUGAUAAUGUUCCUUUUUUUCCAUCCCUCUCGACACUUUUUUUUGUAGUGGAAACACAUAUGUGUCUCUUUUCUUCCCCCCUGUCACUGAGUCUGUUUAGCUUCACCUGCCGUACUUUUGUCUGCUUCAGCUUUGGAUUAAAAAAACAUAAAACUAAAAA